AGGGGGGAGGAAAAGGAAAAAGAAAUGAAGCGCGCACAAAGUCCUGGCGACGCGACGGCUGCGUGGACUUCAGACGUUCAGCGUUUCCCGGUGGAGAGACGCAGCGAGCGCGCUGUGGACCGCGCCGCGGAUUAGCCCUUUACUUCUGCUUUUGUGCGGCUUUUUUUGGACAAAACUUAAAGAGAGAGAAGAAAAGAAAAGAAGGAAAAGUGGAUACUAGCAUUACUGCCUCUUGUCUUGAUUGUUAACAGUUUUACUGCAGCCGUUGUUUGUUUCCCGUGAGCCAUGCAGGCGCGCUAUUCUGUAUCCAGUCCAAACUCCCUGGGCGUCGUGCCGUACAUUGGCGGUGAUCAGACGUACUACCGCGCGGCCGGCGGUGGGGCCUACGCGGGCAUGGCGGCUCCCAUGAGCGUGUACUCGCAUGAGCAGUACCCGUCGAGCGUGGCGCGCGCCUACGGGCCUUAUGGCGCGGCUGGACCUAUGGGACCUCCGACCAUGGGGCCGCCGCCGCCGCAGCCCAAGGACAUGGUCAAGCCCCCUUACAGCUACAUCGCGCUGAUCACCAUGGCCAUCCAGAACUCUCCGGACAAGAAGAUCACGCUGAACGGGAUCUACCAGUUCAUCAUGGAGCGCUUUCCCUUCUACCGCGACAACAAGCAAGGGUGGCAGAACAGCAUCCGACACAACCUGAGCCUCAACGAGUGCUUUGUCAAGGUGCCCCGCGACGACAAAAAGCCGGGCAAGGGCAGCUACUGGACACUGGACCCCGACUCGUAUAACAUGUUCGAAAACGGUAGCUUCUUGAGGCGCAGGAGGCGCUUCAAGAAAAAGGACGCUAUGAAGGAGAAGGAGGACAGGCAGGUGAAGGACACCUCAACGCGGCAACCCGCGGGGCAAACGGGGCAGCAGCAACAGGGCCGCGAGGGCCAGCAAGAACAGCAGCAGCCCGUGCGCAUUCAGGACAUUAAGACUGAGAAUGGCGCAUGCACCCCGCCUCAGGCCGUCUCGCCCGCGCUGGGCACCGUGCCUAAAAUCGAGAGCCCGGAUAGCAGCAGCAGCAACAGCGGUGGUGGCAGCAUGUCCAGCGCGAGCCCGUCCGCGCGCUCCGUGGGCCUGGAGGAGCAGCAGCAUCAUCUUCAUCAUCACCAACAACAGCAGCAGCAACAGCAGCAGCAUCACCAGCAUAUCCAUCACCACAAUCACCACCACCACCAAGCCCAAGGCUUUAGCGUGGACAACAUUAUGACGUCGCUGCGUGGAUCUCCGCCGGGCCCAGCGGCCGAGCUCGCGCCAUCCUCGUCUUCCUCCUCGUCCUCCUCUUCAUCGUCGUCCUCGUCGUCGUCACGGUCGCUGUCGCUGAACUACUCGCCGGUGCAGGCGCCCGCCUAUGGUUCGCCGUGCCACCAGAGCUCAGCGUGCGGUGGCGCCGUGACUGCAACCUCCAACGCUACGUACCACUGCAACAUGCAGGCCAUGAGCCUGUACGCGGGCGAGCGCGCAAGCGUCAGCGUGGAAGAUGCGCUCCCCGACUACUCCAUCACCACCACCAGCACGGCGUCGCUGGGCCAGGACGGCGGCCACCCGCACCACUCCCACGCCCACCACGCGCACCAGGGCCGCCUCGCCUCGUGGUACUUGAACCAGGCCAGCGAGCUGGGCCAUCUGGGUGCCACAUAUCCGACCGCACAGCAGCAGAACUUUCACGCGGUGCGGGAGAUGUUCGAGUCGCAGCGGAUCGGCCUCAAUAACUCUCCCGUGAAUGGAACUAGCAGCGGCGGAGGCGGCAGUGGUGGUGCCAGCAGCUGUCAGAUGGCUUUCCCGACGAGCCAGUCCUUAUACCGAGCCUCGGGGGCGUUCGUGUAUGACUGCAGCAAAUUCUGACCAAAAUAACAUAAACCAAAAAUUACCAAUAUUUUAAAUUUCUCCUUUUUUAAUGCUGUUAUUUUUUGACCCCUGAUUUUUUAUCCCCACCAGUUUUCUUCAUACACUCUCUCACCCUCUGAGGAGAUGAACUUUGCCUGAAAACAGAACACAAAUGAGUCCAAAAAAAUUGCUCAUCUUGGUUUUUUAAGGACAGUGUUACUGCAAAAUAACACGUAAGUCUCUUUGUGUUUUUUUCGCCUUUUUGUGAGCUAUAUCCCUUGUGGUUAAUGUUUUUAAAAAAUACAAACUUACGAGACUUUCAUGGACUUGUUAUUACGUGUAAAUUGCAUAUAGUAAUUUAUUUCUAAAACAGAAAAAAUGUAGCCGGAUAUUAUGGACCAAAACACCAAAACGUGUUUCUAAAACUGAAUUUGCCUUAAGUGUCCAGAAAUGUUCCAUUGUAAGGAGGAACGGAACGUGUAUAUCGUCAUUAUUCUUUCAAACUAUUUCAUUUUGUUGGAAAAAAAAGAAAAAUAUAAAAAAGUAUUUUGAAGGAACUGCAUUGUUUGUUUAAUAAAUUACCAUUUUAUUGGAGUUAA